AUGCCAGCACCACACGCCACGCCUCUUUCACCGCCCCCGCCCCACACCACCAACGCCGCAUCCUCCUCCUCAUCAACAGCAGCAGCGUCUGGUUCCACAAAACCAUCAUCAACAACACCACCAGCACCACCAUCUCCCUCCUCGGUCGUUCAUCAGGUCGGCUCGAGGCAAGGUACUCGCACACGCACACGCACCCGGCGCAACGUGUCUUCCUCAGCUUCUGGUUCUCAUCGCACACCGCGCUACACCAAUGAGGAUCACCCCAUGGCACCUCACAACCUCGCAGCUCGUGGCUACCACUCGUUUCGCUGCCUCGGCGUCCCAUUCCACGUCAAGCAGCGUUACGCAUUCGUUCGCGAGCUCGGCAUCGGUGCUUACGGCUGCGUCGCUCUCUGCCGUGACGAGGUGCUUGAAUGCAAUGUCGCCAUCAAGAAGGUCACGCGCAUUUUCGAAAAGGACGUCCUUGCACGCAGAGCCCUUCGUGAGGUGGCUCUACUCCGUCACAUUGGCUUGUGCGACAACGUCACCGCCUUGCUCGAUUUUGACACGGCUUUCAUCGACUUUUCCGAAAUCUACCUCGUCCUCUCGGCGAGCGAAGCCGAUCUCUCGCAGAUCAUUCGCUCCGGUCAGUCGCUUUCCGAUGCACACCACCAGUACUUCAUGGCUCAGAUCUUGAGAGGCGUCCGGUAUAUGCACGCCGCCAAGGUCAUUCACCGCGAUCUCAAGCCCAGCAACUUGCUCGUCAACGGCGACUGCGCCCUUCGCAUCUGCGAUCUCGGCCUGGCUCGUGCCUACGCUGAUUCCGACGAGUUCCUCGCUCCGCCCGCUUCCACCUCUGACGACACCGAGUCCAAGCCAAGAUCCAUCAGCAGCAGAAGCAGCACCGACGGUGACCGUCCCGACCCGCAACAGUCCACAGUCAGCCUUGACGAAGAAUCAUCGCAGGCCCAGUCACAAUUGCAGCAGCAGCAGCAGCCUCGUUCUGGUUCGGCGCACUCGCCUUCGCCCGCUUCUGACCUCCACGUGCAGCUCUACAAGACCGACUCCAAGGGCAAGCAGAAGCGUCUCAACUUUCCUGGUGGUCCGCUCACCGGCUAUGUUGCCACAAGAUGGUACCGUGCACCCGAAGUCAUGCUCUGCUUCCGCGAAGGAUACGGCUCCGAAAUGGACAUGUGGUCUGUUGGCUGCAUUCUCGCCGAGCUCAUCGCCGGCGCACCCAUCUUUGGCGGCAAGGACUACGUCGACCAGAUUGCACGCAUCAAUAAUGUCCUCGGUUCACCCUCGGAAGCUGUUCUCGACAAGAUCGGCUCCGAGCGCGCAAAGACCUACAUCAAAUCGCUCCCCAACAUGCCCGCCGUGCCUCUGGAGAAACUCUACCCGAACGCCAACCCGGAAGCGCUCGAUCUGGUCGCGAAGCUGCUCACUUGGGAUCCUGAUCAGCGGCUCACCGCCGAACAAGCCUUGCGUCACCCUUGGCUCAAGGCCUAUCACGAAUCGAAUGCACGCUGGCAACCACCCCAGCCGUUUGACAAAUUUGCCGAGGUCGAGUUUAUCCACUCGUUGCGCCAGUUCAAGUCGAGCUUGCAGCGCGAGGCCGACGAGAUGCGCAUGGAGCUUGAGGAGCUCGAGCGCGAGGAGUUGGAGCAUCUUGGCAACGGUGCAUCCAGCCAUACCGAUGAGCAGCACGCCGCCACCACCCAUACAAAUGGCAACGGCGUUCCCGAUGCAGCGGCGCACCAGAAUGGCGAGCUUAGUCUGCAGCCCUCGAAUGGUGCCAAUGGCCACGCUGGCGACGAGAGCAGUCGUGAUGCGAGCCAGCAGGACGAAACGCAAAAGCAGGCAGAGUCCCUUUCGGACUCGGGAAACGUCCAGCGGGCAGAUGACGUGGUCGACCACACAGCGCACUCGCUGCGCUCCAGCGUUGACGCCGAUGCCCCGUGCUCCGAAGUCUCCUCCCACCGUGCUGACCAAGAGGCCGGCACUGAUGCUGUCGAAGGCGAUGCCGACGCGCUCUCGUGCAGUGCGUCUACGCAGUCUGGCCAUCUACCGGCUGACGCCGCCUCGUCGAGUUCUUCGAGCCACACCCCUUCGUCCACGUCGGGAGCGAGCGCCGACGAGGCCGAGCCGCCCUCGCCUCGCCUUUAUGAGACGUGCCGAAUGUCGACCGCGCUCAAGAGCCGCGCUGAGCGUUUCGAGGAAGGGAAAGCGCUGCGAAAGCCACCUUCGUUUUUUCGGCUAGGGCAUGAAGCGGAAGGACGCGCGUUUAGCAAGCUGACCUCGGACGAGGUCGAGCAGCAAUACAACGACGUCUUCAUGCCCAAGCAAGUCCUCACCGUGGCACGUGGGCUGGUCGAGUACCAGUCUACAGCAGCAAUUGCCAUGCGUGAAGCGGCUUCUCCUUCCAUCCACUCUCAAGCGAACCACGACUCAACUUCUAUUACCGGGCAACAGCCAGAGCCCGACGGCAUGCUGUCCAGGAGCAGUACCAUCAAGGCUUUCACUGCGUCGGCAGAUGUGGGUAGCGGAGCAUCGAACGUUGCCUCGAGCAGAGCUUCGUCGGUGUCAUCCUCAACAGCAGCAGGUGGGCGGGCAAGUGGUGCAGCCAGCACACCUUCGCUCGGCCAGAGUCUGUUGGACGAUACGGUCUUCGCGCCUGUCGAUGGACCUUCAAACGGUCUCAAGAGCGUCAGUUCGCAACGACACGGUAAACAGCUGGUUGUGCUGCAAGACUCAAUCGUCCAGUCGUCGGUCAGUCUGAUGCGGGAGAUGAUUGGUCGCUCUGCUCGACGCAACCAUGCUCUGCUGGUCGUUGCUGCCCUUCGUCAGCCCGAGACGUACCUCGAUGGGAUCGACGCUAAGCGCGUUGCUGUCAUCGACGCCACGGGUCUAUGCAACGUGUUUGCUGCGGAGGCAGAGGCGACCCCGUCGGUCCAGCAGCUCAUCGAUCGAAUCGGCGGCCAACUUUCGGCACUCAAUGCGAAUAUGUCCAAGACCACGGUGUUCAUCGACUCGCUCAGUGCUAUUGCGCGUGCGGCCGCAGACGAGGGUGGUAUUGCAUCAGCCAGCCGACUUGUCCGCGAGACGCUGGGGCGAGUCGGAGCAUCUUCGCGUGUGGUCGUCGGCGUGCAGUUGGGCGGCGAAGAAGCGUCGACGAGCGCAGGCCUGCUGUCGAGUCUGCACUCUCCAUUGAUUUGGGGCUCCCCUACGGCUUCGUCCACCACUUCUGCAGCUGCACCAGGCGGGACCGUGCUGUCUGCCACGAUCCACCCUCCUGCCCUCGUUCGUCACAUUGUCAAGCAGUAUAGUCUCAAGCCGCCCUCCACUUCUUUGAGUGUGAGGCGGGCGUUGGGUUUCGACGACGGCGAUGACGAGGCGGAGGAGGUGGAUGCGAGGUUCUGGGAUGUGCUCAGGAACGUGGCUGCUCGAGGGCCGAUGGGUGUUGCUGCUUACGAGGCGGGCGGGGGUACGCAAGGGUGGUGGAGUGGCGAGAGCUGUGCGUUUGAGGGGUUGAGUAUUGCCGAGAGCGGCGGUCAGGAUCAGAACAGCAACAGUAGUGGGCGGGUCUCCGCUGGAGUGAUCACUCUGGCAGACCUGCUGAACCCGCAACGCACGGGGUAUGCUAUUUUGGAAUGCCACUACCAGGCGAGAAACGGGAAGUGCUACGAGGAGCUGGUGGCGGCAGUAACUGUGCCGUCCGAUUCGUCGCUGGCCCUUGUUCCGUUGGACGUGGUUGAUAGGGCUGCUCUUGCCAGUAGUGCUACACCGGCAGCCGCAUCCUCGGCGCCUGCAAGUGGAGAUGCACACAGCUCGAUGAUCUCCACUCUCCCGUUCAACCUGGGCGAAACAAUCGACCAGCGGCAGAGGCGGGAAACUGUCCCCUUGCCCUUUGCGUAUCAUCAGAACUCGACGCCGGAUGCAGACCUAGCAGCAGGUGGAGGUGGAGCAGCCUUGAGGGGCAACACGGGCAACGCAAAGAUCUUCUUCGAGCCGGAAGACGACGACGAUGAGGACGACGAGGAUCCGGAUGAUGAUCUGGAUCUCUAG